AUCCCAUCCACGAUGGAAUCGGUGCUGACCCGUUUCAAUCUCACGCUCGACAAUAUGACAACGUUAAGCUCCAACAUACGGCAGGGGCUUAUCGAGCAGUACAGCAACAACCGAAAGGUGGCCGACCCAUGGUAUCACAUCCUGAUCGUCAUGUACGGUACCUUGAUCGUUUUCGGUGCGACAGGCAACAGCUUGGUGGUGUUGGCCGUCGCCCGGAAACCACAGAUGCGUACGGCUCGCAACAUGUUCAUCGUAAAUUUGGCCGUUUCCGAUCUCCUACUGUGCCUAGUGACAAUGCCACUGACACUGGUGGAAAUUCUCACCAAAUACUGGCCCAUGGGUCGAUUACCGUUUUUGUGCAAGUCCAUCGGCACACUGCAGGCCACGAGCAUCUUCGUGUCAACCAUCUCCAUCACCGCCAUUGCAUUAGAUAGGUAUCAAGUAAUUGUAUAUCCGACGCGUGAUAGUCUCCAGCUGAUGGGUGCCAUCGCCAUCCUUACCGGUAUCUGGAUCAUCUCGAUAGUGUUAGCCUCACCGAUGUUCAUCACUCGACAGCUGAUCCACUACGACGUCAAUCUACCCAGCCUUGGCAUAGAGUAUGUGUCGUACUGCAUCGAAGACUGGCCGAUUGCGUACGGCCGCGUGUACUAUUCGGCCUUCACCCUGUGCGUGCAGUACGUGCUGCCUAUUCUGAUAGUUUCGGUGGCGUAUCUUCGGAUCUACUUAAAGCUGAAGCACCGAUUAGUGGUCGGCACAGCAUCCAGCACGAGCGGGAAGUCUGGUGAAGCGAAACCGGUCCGCGAGCGCGAACGUGGCCGACGGAUGCAACGCACCAACUAUCUGCUGAUCAGCAUCGCGUUGAUCUUUGGCGUUUCGUGGCUUCCGCUAAACCUUUUCAACCUGUUCGCCGAUCUGUACGUGCAUUCCAUCACCCAAGACAUCAUGGUGGCGUACGCGAUCUGUCAUAUGGCCGGCAUGAGUUCGGCCUGCUCGAACCCGCUACUGUACGGCUGGUUGAAUGACAAUUUUCGGAAAGAGUUCAACGAGCUACUCUGCCGGACGUCGUCGGGCGGCCCGAUCGGAUCGGGCGGUCACUCGAACGGAAGCCGAGCGAACGGAGCAGCUGCCACGGCCGGCCGAACGCGAGGUGCUCGAACUGCGACCUGUGACGGUGCGCCAGACAACCGAACGCUUCCGGAACUAACGCAGGUGCGCGACCGACAUGCGGCAGCAAUGCUGCACGAAUCGGGCAUCACCGAGAACGGUGACCAUACUGAGCUGACCGAGCUGAUGUCCUGAUCCUGACUCCCGACACUGACCGCCGAUGGGCAGUAGUAGCGGGGCCCGUAGCGCC